AUGACUUCGUCUUCUCCUUUACCUACAUUUUUGCUAGUUUUAGCUGCGUUACCUAUGGCUUCCGCGCACGAUCACAGUUCCACGCAUAUUGAAGAUGGCCAGACCAUUUCGGUUGAUCCGAUUGACACGACGCUAUGGAUUCAUAUCUUCUUGCAGAUGUUUGCUUGGGGCAUCAUCUUUCCCUUAGGGAUGGUUCUUGGGAUCGUCAAAUCCCGAUGGCACGUCCCCGUCCAGGUGCUCGGCACAGCAUUGGCGAUCGUCGGAUAUGCCCUAGGCCAUAUGCACGGCGGCCGCGAGUUUCGGCAUUCCAACGUCCACUCCAAGUUCGCGUCGCCGAUUUCGCUGCUGCUUUUCCUGCAAAUUCUCAUGGGUAUUUACCUGAAGUUACAUCUCGAGAAGGGUAUAAAUGGGAAGAUCAGGCGGUUCGUAAAGAUUGGGCAUGGGAUACUUGGUAAGGCGUUGCCUGUCCUCUCGUGGACGCAGAUGCUCUUCGGCGGUAUUACGGCGCUCGGUUUUUGUCAGGGCGAUCACGUCGGCCAAUGCCUAGCGCACUUUAUUAUGGGAAGCGCUUUCGUCGCUUACGGGAUCCUCUUAACAUUGCUAUUGCUGGUCGGGCAGCUUUGGUUAAGGCGUACCGGACGUUCUCAAGAGUUCUUCGACAGUGCUGUUAUCGCCGCUUGGGGAGUAGUUAAUACCUUUACUGAACACCGAUGGGGAACUGAGUGGGUGAAGAACGACUGGCAGCAUACCGCGAUGGGUAUAAUCUGGUGGUCUGCAGGAUUGGCUGGAGUUUGGUUGAGCAGAGACCGUGAUGGUCGACCUCAGCGCAAUUUCAUCCCGGGUUUCGUCCUCUUGAUCACCGGAUGGGCGAUGAGUGCUCAUCCCCAAGAGUUGAUGAUCAGCGCCGAAACCCAUAAGAUGUUCGGAUAUACCCUCAUGGCGGCUGGUGUCACGCGUAUCAUUGAGAUAUCCUUUGUGCUUCGGGAUCGACCUGGCUCGUCUGAGGAUGGCCGCGAAACAACUAGUUUCCAAUAUGUCCCCGUCUUUUUGCUUUACGCCUCUGGAUUCUUAUUUAUGGGUGCUACGGAGGAGCAGAUGUCUCUGGUCGCUUCUUCGGGCAUGGACCAUGUUGCCUAUAUCUUAAUAUUGUAUUCGCUCGCCUUCUUACUAUUCCUCUUCGUAAAUGUCCUUGUCGGCGUCUACGACCGGAAUAGUGCUCCGAGCCUCCCUAAUAAAGAAGUAGCAAAUGGUAGAUUAGGGCCUCGAGUAAACGGAAAUAUACCAGUGAGAGAUGCUCAGGAAUUUGAGUUGGAAGGUUUAAUGAGUGAUGACGAGGACGACGAUGCAAGGCAACUAAGAGAUGAUGACAUCGAUUUGAACAGCCCAAGCACCGUUGGCAAAAAUAGUGAUGGGGCUAUCCACUGA